AUGCCAAAACUGGAGCGUAAAGUUACACUGGACAAGGCUGAAAAGCCCAAGUUCUCGCUCUUCCUCACCUCUCCCAUCGUGACCGUCACUGUUGCCAACUCGAGAACGUUCUACCUCCAUUUCGACCUCCUAAUUGCUGAGUCGAAGAGAUUCUCCAACAGUCUGACGGGAGAAUACAAAGAAGCAGAGCAGAAAGCGAUUGAAUUGGAGGACGAAGAUCCGGAGCUUUUUGGAUUCUUUGUCGAAUACCUUUACCGCAAUCAAUCGAUUCUUUCCCGCGACGUUGAGCAUUACUCCGAUUACGUGACGCUGGCGCGCCUAUAUGCUUUGGGAGACCGCCUUAUGGCACGAGAUUUCAAGGCGUACACUUUGUGGAGAUUUGUUCAGCCACUAGAUACCCGCACGAUCAUCUCAGAUGAAAGCAUUUGUGAGCUGCUCCGGAUUGCGUGUGAGGAAAUUAUAGAGAGGGUCGGUGAGGAUCCUCUAAGAUGUCACAUAUUCUGGUAUGCAGGGACCCAAAUCGCAAAGCUUCAGAAGUCUGGCAUGUUUCGUCAGCUGUUAUGCGACACUCCAGAUCUCGGCAGGCAUAUGUGCUUAUGGGUGAGCCAAAAUCAACCAAAAAAACCAGAGAUGCCGAAUGGAAUCAGAUACCAGAGAUUUUCACCAGAGAGCGAGUACCCCCUACAACGCUACUCUGGGACUGCACCAAAGGAUGAAUAG